AUGGAUGCUCUAUAUCGCUUUGCCUAUAACGUCACUGAUCUCCAGCCGGCGCUGGUGUUUGGUCGCUCCUCUGCGAGAGCUGGAGAAACCCUGGAGCUGAAAUGUAGAAUCGAAACCAAAGUCAAAGCGGGUCCUCAGAUGCACCUGUACCUGUGUAAAGAUGGAGCCCUGCUGCAGAUGGAGCGGCUCAGAAACGCAGUCGAUCACACUUUUAUUCUGAGGAACAUUUCAGACCUGGACUCCGGUAAUUACAGCUGUGUUUUCUCCUUCCACAAACUCCGCCCGAAGAGCCUGAACACCACCGGCCUCAACUCCAUCCACAUCAGCGUCUACGGUCAUUCCUCUGAUGUUCUGCCAGCAGAAAUAUAUGGAAGCUCGGAAGUGAAAGCAGGACAAGAUUUAGAGUUAAAGUGUAAAAUCCCCACUGAAUCCGGAUCCUUCUACAUGUACCUGUGUAAAGACAGUGUCCUGCUGAAGAUGAGAUUACUGCAAGAUAAAAAAGAGGAGACUUUUAUUUUGAGAAAUAUCUCAGAACACGACUACGGGAGCUACAGCUGUGUGUACUCCAAUAAAAAAUACGCUCUGAAGGACUUCACUGGAACAGAACAGAGUGCAAUGAAGUUUCAUUUCUAUGGUAUGGAUAUAGAUGGAGUGCUCAUUUUUGGAUGCAUCAUAGUGAUUUUUGACAUUAAAGCUAAGGGCCGUCCAGUCCAGUAUAGGCUCAGUCCCAUUUCACCCCCUGCCCCUUCCACUUAA